AUUCCUAUAGGAGUGGAUGAGAGUGUUGCUGUCAUUCUUCAGUAUUCUAAAAACAGAAUGGCAACAUUCACCUGCUCUGCUGGGGUCCAGCUUCACAGUGAAGCCUUUAUUGCUGGGACAAAAGGCAUAAUAGAGGUACCUUCACCGAUGUGGUGCCCCACCUCACUGGUAGUUAAUAAGAAGGAGACCCAAUAUCCAGUACCUGAACCCUCCUUGCCUCUCAACUUUACCAACAGCACAGGGAAGCGUUUCGAAGCAGGGGAGGUCCGCCAGUGUCUGCUCAAGGGGCUGAAGGAGAGUCCAGUCAUGCCUCAUGCUGACUCUCUGCUGUUGGCUGAAAUGGAGGAUGAGAUCCGCCGGCAGGUGGGAGUGGUGUACAGCCAGGACUGCCAGUAAAAGUUCGACUUAUUCGUGUUGUGAUAAAAUACAACCAGUUUACAAUGGAGACCAACUUACUCUGGUUAUUUCCGGAAUAGUCCAUUUCAUGUGAUUAAAAGUGUUUAUAUUUUGUAGGAAAACACUACUUGAUCUCCACCUUUGAUUAACUUAUUUUUGAAAUAUAAACCACUCAAGAUGACCUCUCUCAACCACAUGAGACGGGUUAGGAAGCUGUUUAAUAUUUACAUGUUGCACACCAGCUUUGUAUACAGAUUUAUUGAAACUCACUGAACACUGUCAACAAUGAAAUGUAAAGUCUUUGACAAUCUGUGAAAUAAAUGUUAUAGCAAAGUUCUAAAAAAA